GUGCGGCAGUGCGGGAGUGGCCUGUGUGUUAAAGUGUAUAUAAACAUACGCCUCAUUUUAUUUCCCUCUCUCUCUCUUUUCCUCUUCUUCUUCAUUGUCCUCUCUUUCUCUCCCCUCUAUCCAUCCCCCAGAAACUCCCCCCUCAUGGACACGUUUCUUCACCAGGUCCACGAGACUUAUCUGCCGGCCUGGUUCGCGCCCAAGGAACCGGCGCUGUUCCUGGACUAUGGCAUCACUCGUUCGAUCUACGAUUCCACAGGCAUCCCAGAGCCCUCGCUCCGAUUGCUCCUCACCAUCCUGGCCGGCUACCCGAUCUCGAUCCUCUACCGACUUGUCUUCCUCAACAAGACCUCGUCCAUCAUUGGCGAGUCGGCACGUAACACCUUCUUCGUGACCACGGGCCUACUCCUGUCCUACUAUUUCAACUCUUACGACAUUAUCCACCCCCUGACCACCUGUAUUGGCACCUGGCUCAUCUGUAAGGUCGUCACGCUCGUCGCGCCCAUGAACCGGAGCCUGGCCUCGACCGUGUCAUUCCUGUUCAACUUUGGAUACCUGUUGACGUCCUACAAGUACGCAGCCACGGAGGAUUACGAUAUCUGCUACACGAUGCAGCAGUGUGUGCAGUGCUUACGGAUGAUUGGGUACGGAAUGGAUUUCAUGGACGGACAACCAAAGUCGCAAAAAAAGCAACAGCAGCAGGAUGAGAAGAAGAAGGCAGCAGAUCAGGGACCAGAGGUAAUCACAGCGACACCCGCACCCGGAACUCCUCAGCCCGCCACACCAGCUCCUGCUGCUCCAGCUGCUGCUGUCGUCGUCAGGGACAAGACCCCGAUCUCGUUCGGAAGGGACAUUGCCCUCGGUCGGAUGCCGACCCUGGCCGAAACUAUCGGUUACGCGUUCUUCCCCUUUGCGUUCCUGGUCGGUCCCCAGUUCUCAUUCUCGCUUUACAAGAAGUUCAUCUCCAUGGAUCUUUUUAACGUGCCCGUGCCGGCGACUGCAGGAAAGGAUGAGGCUCGGGAGGCGGCUGCGGCGACGGCGAAUGGGAUUCCUCAGGGUUCUUUGCGAUAUGCCACCCGUUGCUUCUUCCUGGGCGUGUUCUAUCUGGGAUUGGGUCAGGUCCUCGGUGGGUACUUUCCCUCGGCUGCAUUGUUGGGCAAGGCCUUUUUGGAGCGUCCGUUCCUGGAGAGGGUCUUUAUCUUUUGGUGGACUGGAAAGACGGUUCUGAACAAGUACCUCGGUAUCUGGACCAUUGGCGAAGGACCCUGCGUUUUGUCUGGAAUUACCUUUAACGGCUAUGACGCUCAGGGCAGACCUGAAUGGGAUGGACUCCGAAACGUGAACCCAGUCAAGUACGAAUUCGCAACAUCCCUGACCCAGAUUGUGAGCUCCUUCAACAUGAACACCAAUUACUGGGCCAAGCUCUAUGUCUUCAAGCGUCUGCGCUUCCUCGGCAACAAGAACCUGUCGGCUCUGGGCGUGCUCCUCUUCUUGGCCGUCUGGCACGGCACCCAUAUCGGCUACUUUUUCUGCUUUGGUCUCGAAUUCAUGGACAUGGAGACGGAGCGUCGUCUGUCGGCCCGGUUCGGAAAGCCCAUCAAUGCGUUCAUUGCGAGACAGCAGGGUGUGUCCCAUGCGGUCUUUAAGGCCAUCUGGGGUGUGAUCACCUGGUUGUUCACGACCAGCGCAUUGUACUUUGCAGCUGUGCCUUUCGAUCUGUUGCAGAUGGACAAGUCCUUGGCGGCUAUCCGGUCGAUCAAUUUCUUGGGCAUCUACGUCAUGCUCGGACUCUUGGGCCUUGAUAUCGUACUCUCGAUCGUCAUGCCCAAGAAGCGCUCCAAGUCCAUCAAGACCGAGUAAAAAAAAAAAAAACAAAAAAAAACAAAAA